AUGGAGAAAUCCAAAAACUUUCGCAUUGAUGCGCUUUUAGCGGUCGAUACACCCAAAGUGCAGACUUCCCCGCUCGCACUUGUAACUUCUCUGUCUUCCUCCUCUUCUAUCCCGUCCUCUGGAAGCGUAGCGGCCCCGGAGCUGACCACCAGCGCCGAAUCUUUACGCACCGAGACACCGUCCCCGCCGAGGAUUUCCACAUGCGGGUUGAUUCCCAAACCGGGUUUCCUCAACAGUCCGCACAGCAUGGUUGGAUUACAUCCGCAGAGUACCGCAGGGAUCCCAGCACAGGCGCUCUACGGCCAUCCCAUGUACACCUACUCCGCAGCUGCCCUCACAGGCCAACACCCUGCCCUGUCCUACUCCUAUCCCCACGGCUCCCAUCACCACCACACCAGUGAUCCCAUCAAACUGACAGCCAGCACCUUCCAGCUGGACCACUGGCUCCGGGUUUCCACAGCCGGGAUGAUGCUCCCCAAAAUGUCGGACUUUAACUCUCAGGCACAGUCGAACUUGCUUGGCAAAUGCAGACGACCAAGAACUGCAUUCACAAGUCAGCAGCUGCUGGAGCUGGAGCAUCAGUUCAAGCUGAAUAAGUAUCUGUCACGACCAAAGCGCUUUGAAGUGGCAACGUCCCUAAUGCUGACGGAAACUCAGGUUAAAAUCUGGUUCCAGAACAGACGUAUGAAGUGGAAGAGAAGUAAGAAGGCCAAGGAGCAGGCCGCCCAGGAGGCCGAAAAGCAAAAAGGCACCAAGAGCGGCCAAGAGAAAUCUGACGGACUCGAACAGUCGGAUUAUCAUAACAAGACGGACUCAAAAAAUGGCAGAAUAAGAGACUUUAGAGACAGUGACGACGAUGAAGGUGACAAUUUCCUGUACAAUUCGUCAGACUGCUCUUCAGACGACGAGAGGAAUCACGCCAGUGACACGAGUCCGCAGCCUUGA